GCAGGAUUUACUCAGACUGGGAACAGCUUCUGCAAUUAUCUCAUUUAGAUCAAUUCUCUGUGUGCAUACAAGCCUUUCCCACUCCUUUUAGACAGAUUCAGCAAGGAACUGUUUGACAUCUUUUAGUCUAUCAGCUUUCCCCAAAGGAUGUAUAAGUGGUAGCUCUCCGUCCAGCGUUUCCAUGCAACAGCGCAGGCGGCUGUGAAGCCACGGAGUAAACGGAGGGAUAGAUGCUGUUGUGGAGAGCGACGGCAGAGUAGAUCUGGUAAGGGUCUCUGUGAGGACCCUGAGCCCCCUUUAAACCAAAUGGAGCGUCGAGAUGAUGGAGAUGAGCUGGUUGGGAGCUUGAAUCAUCAUGAUAGUACAGAGGAACCCGGUUCUCCCCUGGACUCAGGCAGCUCCCAGCAGGAGGAGCCCGGCAUAAUGAGGAGGAAUGACACCUACCUGCCAGUCCCUGGCGAGGAGAAGAACCUGGAUGUGGACUUUGUCAACACCAAGACCAAUGAGUCCAUACCAAUGAAAAAUCUUUAUGCUGAAGACGGCUCGCCUCUGUGUCAUCGGUUGGGCCCAUACUUUUCUGAUGGCCGGCGGCGGGUGGACUACGUGCUGGCAUACCACAUCCAGAAACCCAGCAGUAUCCGGCGCCAGUCAUCCAGGUUUAGUGACAGCAACUUCAUUCGAAGGCUUAGACGCAGUCUGAGCAUGAGAAGCAGCCGUGCGCCGCUGCAGCCCAAAGAAGACCCGGAGAUUGCCGCCCAGGAGCAACGGACUGACUAUCACGAGGAUGACAAGCGCUUCAGGCGGGAAGAGUUUGAGGAAAACCUACUGGAGACAGGGCUGGAGCUGGAAAAGGAUGAAGAGGGUAAAAUCCCUGGAAUCGGCUUCUUGAAGAUCCAUGCUCCAUGGAAUGUCCUGUGUCGGGAGGCUGAGUUCAUGAAGCUCAAGAUGCCAACAAAGAAGGUUUAUGAUGUGAAACAAGGAAGUAAUGUGGUGGAGAAGAUACGAUUGUUCAUUCACAAAGUCACAGCUCCUCUCCACCCAAAAGUGGACGCCAACCGGCCAGAAAGCUUCAAAUCACUCUCUCAUCCUUUCUCCAGAGAGAAGCAGCAUCUAUUUGAUCUGUCUGACAGGGACAAAUUCUUUGACAGCAAGACCAGGAGCUCAAUAGUCUAUGAGGUACUGAAGAGGACAAGAUGCACCCGAGCCAAAUACUCAAUGGGGAUCACCAGUCUGCUAGCCAAUGGUGUUUAUACGUCUGCUUAUCCUCUGCAUGAUGGAGACAUCGAGGGGGUGAAUGCAGAACCUAACGACAGGAAGCUGCUUUACGAGGAGUGGGCCAGCUACAGUUGCUUCUACAAGUACCAGCCUAUUGGACUCAUCAGGAAGUAUUUUGGGGAGAAGGUUGGACUCUAUUUUGCCUGGUUAGGAGUCUACACACAGAUGCUGAUCCCUGCAGCCAUCGUGGGAGUCAUUGUAUUCCUCUAUGGCUGUGCAACUGUGGAUGAUAACAUACCUAGUAUGGAGAUUUGUGAUCCAAGGAACAACAUCACCAUGUGUCCGCUGUGCGACCGCGCCUGCAGCUACUGGAAACUGGUGACAGCAUGUGGUACAGCCCGAGCCAGCCACCUCUUCGACAACCCAGCGACCGUCUUCUUCUCCAUCUUCAUGGCUCUCUGGGCGGUUCUCUUCAUGGAGCACUGGAAGAGACGUCAGAUGCGACUCAACUAUAUCUGGGACCUGACAGGCUUCGGUGAGGAGGAGGAGGACCACAACCGAGCUGAGUAUGAGUUCCGGGUCAUGAAAAAGACAAUGAGACAGGAGCAUUCGACCCCUAAGGGUGAGAAGGUGAAGCUGACAUGUACAGACAGACUGCCAGCUUACCUGACUACAGUUGUCAUGAUGGGCUUCAUGAUCACUGUGACCUUUGCCAUAGUCUUCGGGGUCAUCCUUUACCGUAUUAGUAUUAAGGCAGCAUUGCACAUGAGCACCUACCCUGCAGCACGCUACAACAUUCGAGCCACCGUCAAAACCACCGCUGCCAUCAUCAACCUUAUCAUCAUCAUCAUUUUAGAUGAAAUCUACGCCGCCAUUGCCCGCUGGCUCACCGCACUGGAGGUUCCAAAGACAGACAAGAGCUUUGAACAGCGCCUGAUCUUCAAAACUUUUGUUUUGAAGUUUGUCAAUGCCUUCACACCCAUUGUCUAUUUGGCCUUUUUCAGGGGCAGACUUGUUGGGCGGCCAGGAAACUACCUGUAUGUUGUUGGAUCGUACAGAAUGGAAGAGUGUGCCCAUGCAGGCUGCCUCAUGGAGUUAUGUAUCCAGUUGUGUAUCACCAUGCUCGGCAAGCAGCUCAUCCAGAACAACUUGUUCGAGAUUGGCAUACCGAAGCUGAAGAAACUGCUCCGAAAGAGGAAGUCGGACUUGGACUCAAAGCAAGAAGAGGAGCUGAACAAAACAAUGCAUCGGCAUGAAAAAGACCACAUCCUGGGUCCCUUUGUUGGCCUCAGCCCUGAGUACAUGGAAAUGAUCAUCCAGUUUGGGAUGGUGACUCUUUUCGUGGCCUCCUUCCCUCUGGCUCCACUAUUCGCUCUUCUGAAUAACAUCAUAGAGAUUCGCCUGGAUGCUAAGAAGUUUGUUAUGGAGCUGCGCAGGCCGAUUGCAGUCAAAGCCAAAGACAUUGGUAUCUGGUACAACCUCUUAAGAGGCCUCAGCAAGGUAGCAGUCAUCGUUAAUGCCUUUGUCAUUUCCUUCACCUCCGACUUCAUCCCACGGCUCGUCUACCAGUACAUGUACAGCCCUGACGGCACCAUGCACGGCUUCGUCAAUCACACUCUGUCUUACUUCAAUGUCAGUGACUUUCAGCCAGGCACAGACCCUCUCCAGCCAAUGCACCUGGGCUACAAGGUAGAAAUAUGCAGGUAUAAAGACUACAGAGAGCCUCCCUGGUCCAGCACACCAUAUGAACUCUCCAAGGAGUUUUGGGCUGUUCUGGCAGCCCGCCUCGCCUUCGUUGUUGUCUUUCAGAAUGUGGUGAUGCUCAUGAGUGACUUUGUGGACUGGCUGAUCCCAGACAUCCCCAAGGACAUCAGCCUCCAGAUCCACAAGGAGAAGAUCCUCAUGGUGGAGCUCUUCAUGAAGGAGGAGCAGGGCAAGAGGCUCGCAGCACGGGACAACCACAACCAGGACAACUACACUUCCCCCUCAUCCGCCAACCACAGCCCCGCACAGCCCCGCUCACGGCCAGUGUCACAUGCAAACUGCUGUUGAACUGCCAGCUACCAAUGACGGGAAAACAAAUACACAACCUGUAAACGAACUAACUGCUUGCAGCCAGCUGGUAAAGGUUAAGUUAUCCAUUAAACAGCAAAGCUUUUACUGCAUUCACAUUAUUUGGGAAUAUCUGCAGGAAUCACCUGGUAUUUACAACCUGCGACUUGGACGUGUUCACAUUAGAAUCCCUUCACCUUAGAAACCUCUUUUCAACACUUUUCCCAUGUUGCGGUGUUACAGUGUCAACCAUUAACCAAAAAUCCAGCAACUAGUUAGACAAUAAAAUGCCAUAGGUUUUGUGAUCACAAAACAUUAUAAGUUGGAUGUAUUUGAAAGGAACAAGCCAUUAGCUUCAUUUACUUGGCAGGAAUUUGGGAGAGAAAACAGAGCCAAAACCCACCUGGAAUCUAAUGUGAAUCACGUUCUCAAGGAGCGAGCUCAUCUCUCCCACGGGACAUGAACGCAGCUUUUGUACAGAAGACAGCCUCCAGCAAUCCGUCCAAAUGGUCCUGCUGAGCAGAAUUUCCUCCUUUCCUCAGUAAGAUGCAAGGCAAAAGAAGAUCUUCUACUCUGUCUUGCUAGUGUAAAGCUCAGAUAGGCCCUUUUUUUGCACAAUUAUAUACAAAUGCAGGAACUUACAAAUGUACAUUUUUGAAUAUGCAUUAUGGUAAGGCACAUGUGCUUUGCUUGUUGGCAUGGAUCGCAAGUUUUGGACAACUGUCUGCAUAAAGCAGCUUGUUGAUUUGUACUAUUCUCUUGUAGAAGCACCAUAUUGCUCACUUUUUUUUUACUUUCUGAGUACGAACAAACAGCCUAACAGUGCUCAGUGGCAUUAUUCCUGGAAGCACAAGUCACAUUAUUAUUCAUUCCAAUGAACUGGAAGUCUUAACGCUGCAAUUGGCAAGAGUUAUGCUAUAAACACAAAGUGAUGUCAUGAUUACAUAGGAGUGCUCCAUCUCACCUUCUUGAGAUGCUGUACAUACUUACUGUAAGUCUUAUUUACUCUUAUUAACCUCCUCUGGUAUUGGGUAUAGAGAGCAAUGUUUUCUACACAUGAAGUUGUGAAUUGAAAAUAAUUCCAGAAGUGUUACUUAAAAUGCAUUAUGUAAUUUUCUUUGGCUACCUGGGGGCAGCAGAAGCUGAUAAUACAGCAUCUGACACAUUAUCUCCCUAUACAGUUAUAAUACAUUUUAGCAAAUGAUUAUUUACACAUUCAACACACAGUAACGUUAACAUUCAUUUGGUGUCAUGUUUCUGGCUUUUCAGCUAAGACAGCUAAUGAGCAGAAAAAAAUAUGUGGCUUUUCAGCUGCUAGAUUUUGGACUUGACACAAACUAAUGUCUAACUUUGUCUGCCAUUUUGUAUUGUGCAGGUGGCAUACAGUGUGUUCAUCUGGGCUGAUCAGCUGAAACCAGCCUCCUGCUUCUGCAGGAAACAAGGUCAAUUAUGAGUUUGCGCCAAAAAACAAAACAACAAACUAAAAUGCUCAGUAGAGCUGAGAGGAACUAGAGGGUGAAAAUCCUCCGUGGGUUCAUCACUACCAGCAACACCUUUGACACUGCACAUAGUCAUUUGAUCCACUGUUAAUAUAAAAAAUGCUUAGUGCAGCUUGAAAUAACUGCAACCAAGCUCUACAUUCACAGGAAUCUGGACUCACCAACAUUUAGUGUUUUUCCUCUCUCAUCCACCUGAGGCAGAGUGCAGGUUACUAAUGUCACCUGUCAAAGUACAGCUUUAAAUAGCCCAAGAGAUGACUGGUUGUUUUCGUUUCACUGAUAAAGAUCAUAAAAGCCAUACAAACCUGUGCAUAGAAGCUGCUCAGCUUCAUUUAUUGGAGGUUCCUGUUCCACAUGCAGCAGCUCAUAAUGAUCUUUGGUAGUUAGCGUAGAGAGUUUGCAACUGUAAAUGAAAUUAAAAUGUCCAUUUCAAAUGUAUGUUUAAUCAUUUACCGCUGACAGAUUUAAGGCUUUGUAUUGAAAAUGGAAGUGAAUGUAGUCAUGUUUAAAGUCACGUGCAGUGGUACGUGUGUAUAGCAUUAACAGUGUGUGCCAUCGUGCUCAUAUGACAUCCGAAAACUGCAUCUUGGAACAAAUGGGAUUGAGGAAUCUUGCCUAUCCAUUUGGGAUUUUAAUUUAAUGGGACUUGUUUUUGCAAAGGUUGGGAUUUGCAACUUCUUUACGUUGCAGGAAAGCAAUGCCAGUGUCUUACUCAUAAGCACUACAGUGACUGUUGUUGAGUGAGGCGGCAGCGUUACUGACUCACUUUCCCUGCCUUGUCUUCGCCCAGCUGCAGCAGGGGUUCAAACCGUUGACUGAUUGUCUUCACUGGCACAGUUUUCAUACAAAGGGAUACAGUGUACCUGAAAAGGCAGCACAGUUUCAAUAUUAUUAUCUUGCCUUAUAUUUACCUUAUAAAUCCUUAGGCAUUUUCAUAAAGCUACAAGUAAAACUAUUCAAGCACAAAGACUGAAUUAUAUUUCUUUAUGUAUCUAUGUGUAUCAAACUGCAAAAACAUAUGGAGGUGACUGGAUAUCAGUACUGUAGACUGAAAUGUGCAGUCUGCACUCAGUGUGUGUGAAAUCUUGUGCCCUGCUGUAGAUGUGUAGAACUACCCCAAAUGUAAGCCCUCAACCCAGACUGAUAGAAUGUACUGUUCAAUUUUUAAUUUUCAGUGAUAUAUAUUCACUUUUAGGUCAAAAUGUUGUAUAUCUGUUGUCAUGACAAUGCAUUUAGUGUAUUUAAUGUGUUGAAAGGGUUUUAUUAGCCCACAGGGGACCACAGAUCCAUCUACUAGAGUUACAAGACUUUCACAGUGACAGUGGUAUCUUAUUUUAUUAAUUUUAAUUCAUAAUUUAAUGUACUAGAAACUAUCGAUAUGGACCUAUUCCUCUGUAUCUUGGAAGGUACCUGGGAAAACAUCCUCUAAUACAAAAAAAAGACAUCACAAAAGGCAGUACUUUUUGGGAUACGACUUGCUCUUUUGAGCAAUAACUGCACAUGUUAUUUUUACCAAAUGUUAACGCUGUUAAUACUGUAUAUGUAAGUAGGGUUAGUGUUGAUAUUCAGUGAUAGAUUAAGUGCUGCCGAUAACCUGAUGUCACAUGUGGAGACCUUCAUGGGAUGUCGCCUGUCCUGCCGUCUGUUGCCAUGUUGUAUUUACAGCAUCAAUAAAACACUACGAGUUGUGACUAUGUCUAAAUGUCUAUUAUAAUGUAUGUCAAAGCACAUUGAGUGAGUGUAUAUGCAUGUAUAACCAACUUGUCUGUCUCUGAUAUUUUGAGUCUUUUUUUGUUUAAACUCUAACUGCAAAUAAAUUAAAGAUGACCUGC